AUGCAUGGCUAUAGUUCAUCAGAAGAGUCUGAGGACCCCAAGCGUCCUCGCGCGCAGCCGGCGCAGAACAACAACAAUGACCAGAAGAAGAAGCGCAAGAAGCGUCUCCCGCCUCAGCAGUCUGUCAACCGCAUAUGGAAGAAGUUCUCAAAUCGCAAGUUCCACAAGGCACUGUCUGUGCUGCCGUUCGACCCAGUGCAACCACCUGCGUGCUCCGACCGCUCCAAUGAGUUGCUGUCCGACGGGUACGAACGUGCGGUGGAGGAGUGUAGGCGCAAGGUGGAAAAGAUUGUCAAGGAGUGCAAGCGCGUCAACCAGCGGUAUCGCGACCCUGGCUUCGACUUGGACUGGGACUUCAAGUACGAGAAGGGCAACUGCCUCAAUAGCCUUGGGUCGUCCAAGUUCGAGCUCAACUCGACCACUCUGCUGAGUUCCACAGCUUCCGUGCCCAAGGCUGUGAAGCGCGUCCACGAGAUCUACGACAAGCCCACUUUUAUGCGUGAGGUGAGCGCUGGGGAUGUGAAGCAGGGCAGUCUCGGAGAUUGCUGGCUUCUGGCGAGUCUCAGUGCCCUCGCGAAUGUGGAGGGCGGCAUCGAGCGCAUCUGCGUGGCUCACGACACAAAAAUCGGAAUCUACGGCUUCGUCUUCUACCGGGAUGGCGAGUGGAUCUAUUCGAUCAUCGAUGACAAGCUCUACCUCAUGUCGCCUUGCUGGGACUCGCCCAGCAUGCAGCGCGACUUGCUACAACAAAUCGAUCGCGAAGACAUGGAGAAACACUACCGCAAGACGUACCAAACGGGCUCCAAGGCGCUUUUCUUUGCGCAGUCCCUUGACCAAAACGAGACAUGGGUACCGCUCCUCGAGAAAGCUUUUGCCAAGGCACACGGUGACUAUGCGUCCCUUGCUGGCGGCUGGAUCGGUGAGGGUCUGGAGGAUCUGUCUGGCGGUGUCACCACUGAGCUUUUUACGUCCGACAUCCUCGAUCUUGACGAGUUCUGGGAGAACGAAAUGACGAAGGUGAACAAGGAGUUCCUAUUCGGCUGCUCGACCGGCGUCAUGGAGCACGGUUACGGCAACCGUGACGGCAUCAGCGAGGGCCACGCCUAUGUGGUCAUGGACGCCCGCACCUUGAAGUCCGGCCAGCGCCUCGUGAAGCUCCGCAACCCCUGGGGCAAGCUCCGCAAAGGCCUCUGGGAGGGCCCAUGGAGCGACGGCUCCAAGGAGUGGACCACGGAGGUGCAGGAGGAGCUCGGCCACAAGUUUGGCAGCGACUCGGUGUUCUGGAUCUCCUUUGAGGGCAUGAUCAGCAAGUACACCCUGCUUGACCGCACCCGGCUCUUCCGCGAGGACGACUGGCGCUGCUGCCAGCGCUGGAUCGGUGUCGACGUUCCCUGGAAGCCAGAAUACCAUGAGAAGUUCCAGAUCAAGCUCACUCAAGACUCGCCCCUUGUCCUGAAGCUGACGCAGCUUGACGACCGAUACUUCAAGGGUCUCCAGGGCCAAUACACCUUUCGCCUACAUUUCCGCCUGCACAACCUGGACGAGCCCGCCGGCGAGGAUUACGUCGUCCGAUCCAACAGCAACUACAUGACGCAACGGUCUGUCUCGGUGGAGCUACCCGACAUGCCUGCCGGCAGCUACGCAGUGUACGUCAAAGUUGUUGGUGAGCGCAACGCCCGCCUGUCUUCCGUGGAGCAGGUCGUCAAGCGUGAGUGCCAGGGACGCAAGGAGAACGACAAGCUCGCUCAGGUGGGGCACGCCUACGAUCUUGCGCACAGCAAGGCGUGGGACCACAUGAACAAGGUGGCCAGGGUUCGCCGUAAGCGUGAGCAGAAGAAGGCGUCCGACUGCCGAAUGAAGGAACGUCGCCGCAACUGGGAGAAGCGUCACCUUAAUAGGGAGGCCAGUCGCCAGCAGGUGGCCAAGAACAGCCAGAAGAAGAUGAAGCGACGUGAGGCUUGGGAAACUGAGCAGCAGAGGCUCGACGAGGAGGCUGAGGAGGUCGCCAGACAGGCUCGCGAGGCCAAGCUCGCGGAGGAGAAGCCGGCAGCGGUUGUUGAGACUGCUGACAAGGCCGGUGACGAGGCAGACGAUGAGAGUGAUGAUGCCGAUGCUGACGAAAAGUCGUACGACAAGCUUGGCUCCGAGUCGAGCGGCACCCCAUCGUUCACGCCCAAGUCGGACAAGUCCGUUCCCGCCUCGUCUGAGGAACGGAAGCAGGAUGUUCCCGAGGUCAGCGGCGCUCCCCCUGGUCCGGCUCCCGAGCCCGAAGUCAAGCAGCCUGCCCGACAGCGUCCAAAGUACGACUCGGGCGACGACUCGUCCGACUCGCCCGUAGAUGACUGGGACGAAGUCUACAGCAGCGACGACAUGAUCCGCAAACCCCGCCUGGCUCCUCAGCCUGCGCCCCAGCCCAAGGACGACUACGACAGCGAGGAGGAGAAGAUGCCCGAGCCUUGGAACGCGAUCUGCAUCGUCGGAAUCCUCGUCUACUCCAAAGACGCGCAGCUCGAGCUGCGCACUGUCAUUGAGGGCGGCGAACUGCUCGAGGGCGGCAUGGGCGAGCGAGGGGCAGGAGACCUCGACAAUGCGCAGGCCAACGCUGGCGGGUCGCGCACUGAGGCCGAAACUAGGGUUGGCUACAAUGCAUCCGUCGUGGACCGUGACGGCAAAGUUCUCACACCUGGCGAGGGUGCCGUUCGCGAUUACAUCAACGUCAAGUCGGUGUCCUCGUCUGGGACGAGCACGCCUACUGUUACCCGGCUUGUUGACUGGGACAGCAAAUUUGAAAGACUGAGGUUAUAG